GUCAGAUGCAGUGCUUUCGCGACACUCAGUGACAGGUCAUUGUUGAAAACUCUUGGGAACAUGGUACUUCUCUAGUACUGGACUGCGCUGCUGCCACCAUGCCCUGUUUGGGCUAUCAUUUCUCUCACCACACUUGAUGCUAUCACAGCAAGCCAGCUAGUCCCCAAAGGCUGGAAUCUGGUCCUUCUGGAGGAUGGGGAAUAUGAUCCGAGGCGCGAGUGCCAACAAGGUCACCACAGACAGCUCUUUAAAAGGUCCAGAGGACGACAUGGUGGUGGUGCUUAACGACUACCCGUCGUCUGAAAUCAGCGAGCCCAUCUUCAGGAUGGGGGAGAAGCUCAGACUCAUCUCUAAGGAGGCUUACUGGUGGAGAGUACGCUCUGUCCAAACACAAAAAGAGAACUACAUACCCAGCAGCCAUGUGGCAAUUGUCUACCAUGGUUGGCUGUUUGAGGGGGUGGAGAGGCAGAAGGCCGAAGAGCUACUCUGUCUACCUGGGAACAGAGUGGGCUCCUUCCUGGUGCGGGAGAGCACCAACGAGAGAGGUCUGUAUUCGCUGUCAGUGAAGCACAUGAUUGUAAAGCACUAUCGUAUCUUCAGACUGGACAACAGCUGGUACUACAUCUCCCCUCGCCUCACUUUCCAGUGCCUUGAAGAUAUGAUCAACCACUACUCGGACUUUGCAGAUGGCCUAUGUUGUGCGUUAACCUCCCCCUGUCUGUCGGGCGUGACCCCGCCAUCAGAUGCAACCCCUGGAGCUCCACCUGUUGUCAUGCGACGCAACUUUGACUGGAAGAAAAUAGACAGGGAACAGCUGGUCAGCACAGACAGCUGCAGUGACAACAUGGUGAGCUAUGGAGUCAGGAACAGCAUCGCUGCCUACCUGUCCUUUUCUGGGAAUCAAGACCCUUCGCAGACAAGAAGAGAAACCAGGAAGAAAAAGAGUAAAUCUGUUUAUGCUAUUCCUCAAAAUGCCCUUGGAAACAUUGACUAUGAGGAUGACUUCUAGAGACCGCAGCAGGGUUCAAAAGACUGGAACACUUUCAAGUGGAAGGGAGUAGAGGGCAUCCUUCUCUCAAAUCCACCACAUUUCUAAUGUUGGCAGUGAACGAACAUUUGUGUUUAGCAUCCCAAACAUCGAAGUGUGUUAUAGUUUCUAAUGUGAGCACUUUGAAGAACUUUAACAAUAACGCAAAUUGCAUGCCCACUUACACUUUAACUCAGCUGAAAAGACGGAACUUUAUGGUGUUUAACUGGAAGACGGUGCAAUUGAACUGAGCUCUGUAUUCUGCACAGCCUGGCAUUAUGAUAGUAAAAAGGAGACUUGAAUGCUAUUGGGUAAUGGUGGGUAAUAUUAAUGUGAAUGGGUAUUAGUGGCUUUCAAACUAUUUUCCUUUGUUCUUAAUAAAUGUAUAUUGUAAAACUGUUA